AUAAUCAGUCAAAGAGGUAUGUCCCCUGUUUGCCACAGGUAAAAAGAAGAUGAGGGAGGAAAAGGAAAAGAAGAAAACUUUGGGCAGAGACAAAGAAAGUGCCAAACAAUGAAAACAGACUGAAACAGCAAAGUCAACAGGGCAGAAGUCUGCUUUGUGGCAGCCUUUUCUUUUUUGUUUUCUUUUUAGUGCUGCAACUCCUUUCUUUACAAUAUUUCCUAUCACAGAGGAAGGAGACUGUUCCUAAAAACGGUUGCAAAUCAUCAUAGAGGCAAAAGGUCGAUUCAUGCUCUCCAAUAUUUGUUUUCUCAAGUAGUAAUACUUUUUAACCCUUUAGAAAAAGCUUUCAAAUGUUCUCCUCUUGAGUCUUCACCCUCUUCCUCUUUCUUCCUUUUCUUUACCUUCAUUUUUUUAUUCAAUUGCUUGUGCAAAUUAAUUAAAGCCCCCUUUAACAACAAGGGGAAUAAGAGCCCCAACUGCAAGAAGAAGGAAAACACAGAAGAAGAAUAAAAAAGAGCUGUUUUAUCAGGCGCCAGCUUCACCAAGCAGCAGCAGCAAAAGCAAGACUUUGAAUUUGGAGAAAACGUGAUCAAGAGCUUGAUGCUGAAGAGAAAUUAGGCAGGCAAAUUAGAGGUUUUGCAGAAAUUUUAUUUACUAUGGAUUGGUUGUGCUGCUUUAGUUCAUCUCAGCUUGGAGGAGCACGUUCAUCAUCUAGUUCUGGUAAAGGGAAAAACCAUGAGGGUAUGAUGAGGUUUGGUUUCAGCCUAGUAAAAGGGAAAGCUAAUCAUCCUAUGGAGGAUUAUCAUGUCGCUAAGUUCAUGCAGAUUCAGGGACACGAGUUAGGGCUUUUUGCUAUCUACGAUGGUCAUCUGGGAGAUAGCGUACCUGCCUACCUACAGAAGCAUUUGUUUGCCAAUAUCCUAAAGGAGGAAGAGUUUUGGGUUGACCCCUUCAGAGCCAUCUUGAAAGCUUAUGAGAAAACAGACCAGGCAAUUCUUUCACAUAGCUCGGACUUGGGUCGUGGUGGAUCCACUGCUGUAACUGCAAUAUUGAUAAAUGGAAUAAGGCUAUGGGUGGCAAAUGUUGGAGAUUCACGAGCAGUUCUUUCAAGAGGGGAUCUGGCAAUACAGAUGACUACAGAUCAUGAACCCAACACAGAACGAGGCAGCAUUGAGAACAAAGGCGGAUUUGUCUCAAAUAUGCCAGGAGAUGUUCCCAGAGUCAAUGGACAACUGGCAGUUUCACGUGCUUUUGGAGACAAGAGCCUUAAAUCACAUCUCCGAUCAGAUCCAGACAUUCAAGACACCAACGUAGAUAAUAGUAUGGAUAUUUUAGUCCUUGCAAGUGAUGGUCUUUGGAAGGUGAUGACUAAUCAAGAGGCUGUUGAUAUUGCAAGAAGGUUCAAAGACCCACAGAAGGCAGCAAAGCAACUAACUGCUGAAGCAGUAAAAAGAGACAGUAAAGAUGACAUAUCGUGCAUCGUCGUUAGAUUUAGGGGAUAGAACUUUUUAAAUCAUAUUGCUCUUCUGGUGCAAUAUAUACCUGAAAUAAGAGUUUAUUUACACAGGAUGCCACUUUGUGGAUUAGACCACCAUGAAAAUAUAUACCUGGUUUGGGUAAUUCUUGAAGUUCUGCAGAAGUAGAGGUUUGCAAUUUAUGCCGGAUUCACCCCAUGUAUAUUCGUUUUAUCAGUUAGGUUCUGAUGUUUGAUGUUGUUUGAUUUCUUUAUGAAGGUGAUUAGGAAUUCAAUGUAUAUUGUUAUGGCAUGAAAAUGUCUCACUCACGUCUGGCGUGUAGAUGAAGUUGGCUUGAUUGUCACUGGAGGAAUUUUCAUGGUGUGGUUGAAUAUAGUUACCAUGAAGGCCUUAUAUAUCCUCCUUUCUGGCUUUUUAUUUUUUAUUUGAAGCUGGCCGUCGGAGAGUUGAAAGAAGUCUUCUUCUUGGGGCGCUUGAUCAGGUUUGCUUCGUAGUAAACCAGAACACAAGUUCCCUUUUUUCUGCUCAAGUUGAGGUUGCUUACAUUCUAACCUUAGCCACAUCUUGAAGUUUCAUUAUUGAACUCAUUGACUCUAAUUACCCGUAAGAAUUAACCAAGUGGACAACUCUUGUGGACAAAGAUGUUUAUAGUUAGGUACAAAGUAAUUUAAGUUAUAACUACAUUUAUUUAUUGGUCAAUUAACUUAGUUCUAGUUUGAACUCUGUGUUUUCGUUUAGCUAUCCACGUACAUGAUGGUAAAAGUUGGUUCAAAUUUGCUUA